AAACACACACAGCACACAGUAACUUAAUUAUGACCACUAAGCUUGUUUUAGUGUUCGCAAUCUUUUGUUUACUUGUGACUGUUGGAUUCACCUUGGACCCUAUUGAGCUUCGUCGUCUUGGAUUCGAAGGGCAUCUCAGCGUCGACCCAUCGGACUUAAAAGCAGCUUCUUCAGAUUUCGGCGGGGUAAACACAGCCGAACCGGUGGCCGUUCUCUUCCCGGCUUCGGCGGAGGAUAUAGCCAAGCUGGUUAAAGCAGCUUACGAAUCGGCUCAAGGGUUCAGCGUAUCGGCUAGAGGCCACGGGCAUUCGACAAACGGACAGGCUCAGACGGCCAAUGGAGUGGUGGUUCAAAUGAGCGGGUCAAGAGGAAGCCGGGUUGGGUCCGGAAAGCCGGCUUUGCCGAAGGUUUCGGAGAAGUUGAUGUUUGUGGACGUGUGGGGUGGGGAGCUAUGGAUAGAUGUGUUGACGUCCACGCUAGAGCAUGGGCUUGCACCCAAAUCGUGGACUGAUUACUUGUACCUUUCUGUUGGUGGUACCCUCUCCAAUGCUGGAAUUAGUGGACAAGCUUUCAAUUAUGGCCCUCAGAUUAGCAAUGUCUACGAGCUCGAUGUUGUCACAGGCAAGGGUGAGCUAUUGACAUGUUCUGGAGAACUAAACCCAGAACUGUUCCAUGCUGUUCUUGGAGGUCUAGGGCAAUUUGGGAUCAUCACUAGGGUUAGAAUUGCCCUUGAGCCAGCCCCCCAGAGGGUGAGGUGGAUCCGAGUACUGUAUUCCAAUUUCUCGGCUUUUACACAUGACCAAGAGUAUCUCAUCUCUCUGUCUGGACAACCGGCCACCGGAAAAUUUGAUUAUAUUGAAGGCUCUGUUAUUGUAGAUGAAGGCCUCAUCAACAACUGGAGAUCUUCAUUUUUCUCUCCGCGUAACCCUGUGAAGAUCUCUUCCGUUACUGUUGAUGGGGGUUUCUUAUAUUCCUUGGAGAUCACCAAAAACUACAACCAAUCAAAUGCUGAUACCAUUGAUCAGGAAGUAGAAGAUCUAUUGAAGAAACUGAAUUUUAUACCAGCAAAAAUCUUCACAACUGACCUUUCUUAUGUGGACUUCUUGGACCGGGUUCACAAGAACGAGUUGAAGCUCCGGUCCAAGGGUCUUUGGGAGGUCCCACACCCAUGGCUCAACCUGUUUGUACCCAAGUCAAGGAUUGCUGACUUUGAUAAUGGAGUUUUCAAGGGCAUUUUGGGCAAAAAGACUAGUGGGCCUAUUCUCAUCUACCCAAUGAACAAAAACAAGUGGAACGAUAGGAACUCAGUUGUUACACCAAACGAGGAGGUGUUUUACGUGGUGUCGUUUCUAAGGUCUGCACUGGAAAAUGGAGGAGAGGCGCAGAAGUUGGAGUACCUGACCAAUCAGAACCGCCUGAUUCUGAGAUUUUGUUAUGAAGCAAGGAUCAACAUAAAGCAAUACCUGCCUCACUACACCACACAACAGGAAUGGAUGGACCACUUUGGAGAUAAGUGGGCCCAAUUUCAACAAAGUAAAAUGGAGUUCGACCCCAGACGAAUAUUAGCCACCGGCCAACAAAUAUUUAAACCCUCUUUUGAUACUCAUACAGCUUCUUGGUGAUGAUGACUCUAGUUAAAUAGUAUCAUGGGAUGGGAUGGACAACUAUGAAACUCAUAGAGCAAUAACAUUGCAGAAUAGAAAUUAUAAAUAAA